GUCUGAGAUGCAUCAGUGGUUCGGCGGACAAGUAUUCCAGCAACCGCCUUCAGCAAACAACCCUGCCUGGAUCAGUGUGGUGCUACUGACCAUUUUGUCGUGUGGUUCACGGAGUACUCCUCUCAAUAUCAACACUAGUGUCACUGCUACUCCUCCCUACUGCACCCCCUUACCUAAACCCGUCAGCUAUUCAUUGAAACAGUGUUGGGACACACUGAACGAUAUGAUGGUUUCAGUCCUGCAAUCAAGCGGAGGUACCGUGAUCAAGAAUUGUCAUGCUGGAUUACUCUCCCAGGAUUUGAAGAGUUUAGGACGGACGCUGGUUGAAUCGUUCAAACCUAUUCGGUGUCUCCAAUUCUUCCCCUACACCUCCUUCACUGAUCCUUACUUCAUUAACCAGAUUCAGAUCCAUAUCGUGGAUAUCUUGCAAACCCCAGUAGUGUGUUUAACAAACUACGACCUCGAUCUCUCUUGUAGGAACUGGAUGAGUCUCAAUCCUGAAGCAAAGAAUCUAACAAAGCAGCAAGUGAGAGAGAUAGCAUUAGAGCACAUGGUUCAGUUAAUGGAGGCAGUGGAGAACAUGUUCAUGAAAUGUGCUCGUACACCUCAUGUCACGUGAUUAACAACAUAUCACGUGAUUAACAACAUGUCAUGUGAUUAAGGGUUUAGGGGGAGUGUGUAUCGUGAUGUUGCAAACCCAACUGGUGUUGCCAUAGCAACCCCAACUGGUGUAGGUGAUGUCAUGGUAACCCCUACUGGAGUUGUCAUGACAGCACCAGUUGGUAUUCAUGCUCUGCACAGGCCUCGGAGGGACACCGCUUGAUCCAGUAUUUCAUGAGUCAUGGUGAGACCUGAUCAGAAAUACCAAGGUAUUUUGAGGACUCAGACAAAGAUUUUCUAAAAGGAUUUUUACCGGCUGGUCCGGAUUUGUUUUUGCGGUACGAUUAAGACCAAAAUGAUAAUAUUAGAAUGAUUUAUUGAGUUUUGGUCUUGAAACCGCAGAAAGUCCAUAGUUAUGAUAUGGUAUGCUUUGAUGUCACAUAGUUUUGCAGUUCGGCCAACAGUUUUGAACAAUCAUUUUGUAGCUGUAACUGUUUCUUUUGUCGAGAGCAGAUUCUAUUGAAUAAUAAAUUGACUUGCAAUGAUUAGAAAAUA